AUGGAUGCCAUUGAAUCUCCUCUAUCCAACUCUCCUUCGCCUUCAAAUUCUUUCAGCCCGCAGUGCCACUUCUACCUCGCCGUCGACAGACUCCAGUUCAAGAUGGAAACCCUAGUGGAUCUUUUGGGCAUGGCGGGUCGCCGCCCGUGCCUCCCAAUGGUAGUGUGCUGCAGCACGCGAGAUGAGCUCGACGCUGUGUGUUCCGCCGUGUCCAAUCUUUCGUCCUACGUUUAUGUUUCCUCCUUGUACAGUGACCUAUCGGAAGCAGAACGAGUGCGGAUUUUGGAUAAUUUUCGGCAGGCAACUGGGAGAUGGAACCGAAUGGGAAGAGAUGAGGUUAAUGGGGAAACAGAAAAGAAAGAAGAUGCUCGCAUUUUGGUCAACUAUGAACUGCCCACUAAGAAGGAGAUGUAUACGAGGCGGAUGACAGCUUGUUUGGCAGCAGAUGGGAUAGUGAUCAACAUGCUGAAAUGCCUAUACAUAUCUUUGAGAUGCUAUGAGAUGUCGUGCCCCUUGGAGUUUCCAAGUUUGAACCUAUACCAUCUUGGACAGGAAAACAUAAUCACAUUCAAGGGCAAACUAGUCAAUUGUUAUGUGCAUCAUGUCCUCGUUCCAAACAUGUCAUUAUGA